UAUCAUUCGAGUAAAUGACAUUUUUUUAACAUCUAAUGAUCUAAAUAAACACCAUUUGAUUCAACUAAACUCUUUGAAAAAAAACUUUUGAUUUAAAUCGAAAUAUCGUUAGCAAUUUUUUUGGUUGGCAAUUUUUGGAAGCUAUUUAUCGUUCGAAAAUGAACAUGUUCUCAAUUAUUAACGAUGAUGGUGAUGAUGAUAAUCAUUAUCACCAGAAAGAUGCUAAUGUGGACGAUGACAAUAAUAAUGAUAACGACGAUAAUGAUAAUGAUGGUGAAGAUGAAAAUGAUGACGAUGAUGAAAUGACAAUCACAUGGCUUAUGCAAGAAAAUUCUAUUUCAUCAUCAUUAUCGUAUGCAUUGAUACCGAUAACAAUUACUGUAAUAAAAUUACGUGAUAUUAUUGUUGAUAAACAACAAAAUUAUCAUUCAGUUGAUCAAGAAUUUUUAUUUACAGUUAAAUUUUUUGAACAAAAUAUUUUAAAAAAUAAUUCAAAUGAAAAUAAUUUUUAUGAAGCUAAAAUUAGUCAUCGUUAUUAUGAUGAAUUUAUUGUCAAAAUGAACAUUGAUUUCUAUCUGAAUUCAACUGAACAACAACAAUCAUUUUUAUUGGAUUUAAUUGAAAAAUUUCGUUCAGUAAUGGCUGCAAAUGUUGAUAAUAAUUGUCGUAUUGUAUUGGAAUUUCCUUAUAAUUCACUUCGUUACCUGAAAGAUGAAUGUUCAUUUAAUAUUGAUGAUGAUAUGGAUUUCAUCACUGAAAUGCGAUUAUUUUCAAUCGGUUCGAUUGUUAAUCUUUGUUAUUUUGUACAUCGAUUUCGAAUUUUCAAACCAAUAUCAUCGGAAAAUUUUCAAUUAGAAAUGGAAUGGAAUUUUCAAAAAUAUUUAAUCAUUUUUUAUUUUUGUUUUCCAAAUGGUCAAACAUACGAUCGAUAUAAGAUUGAAAUAUCAUUUGCAUCAAUUCAAUUCAUUUUGAUUGAAAUAGAUGGCUCUUUUGUUUGUUUGGAAUUAAAUUCGGCACCAUUUUUAUUUUUGGAACGAAAAUCAUUAUCAUCAUCGAAUAUUGUUCGUACAAAAUGGAUUCGUUGUAAAGAAUUUGGCCAAAAAAAUGAUCCCGAUUUAAUCGGUUAUGGUCAUGGUUAUCGUUUACAAAUUUCUGAUGAUAAUUUAAAAAAAUUUUUAUAUGCUACAAUUCGUUUAAGUUAUCUUUGUAAAGAACGUAAUCGUAAAUUUUCAUUCUAUAUUGGCCGAAUUGAUUCAAUUGAUAACAAAAAAAAUUAUCCAAUGUCAAUAUUAUUGAAAAAUAUUGAUGAAAUUUUUGCUGAAAAUUUUCGAAGAAAUUAUGCAUGUCGUGUCAUACUUAAAUCAUAUCGUAUUGUUGAUCGAUUUAUUUGUCGUCAUGGUAUAUUCGAUUUUAAAAAUAUUGAAAAUUUUCUUGCAGAUCUUACUAAAUUAUCGAAUGAUCAACAAUUUGAAGAUUAUCUUUAUGAAUUGGAUGUUAAAUCAAAUAAUCCAGUUAUUGAUUUUAUUGCUGAAUUUGAUCGUAUUAUAAAUACGGAUGAUGAAAAUCGACCGGAAAGAAUUAGUGGUAAAAAUAGCCUAUUUAAUGAUUCGAAUGAUGAACGAAAUUAUGUUAUAAUGCGUCGUGCUAUUAUGACACCAACAUGUUUACUAUUUUUUCGUCCAACAGCUUGUUUACGUUCACGUUUUUCAAAUAUAGCCAAUCUGGAUUAUGCAAUACGUUUAACAUUAUGUGAAGAUAAUAGUCGUGUGUUGAAUGGUACAUAUACAAAUACAGAAUUUGUUAAAGAAUGUAUUAUGCCAAGAUUAUUAUCCGGUAUUCAAUUAGCUGAUCGUCAUUAUGAAUUUCUUGGUUCAUCAUCAAGUCAAAUGCGUGAUUGUGGUAUCAUAUUUUAUGCUUGUGAUAAUCAGAAUCGUACAGCAGAAUAUUUACGUAAUAUUGUUGGUAAUCUAUCGAUAUUUAAACGUAAAGUAGCAAAAUAUAUUGCCCGAUUUGGUUUGAUAUUUUCACAAGCAAUUGCUUAUUAUCAUUGUGAUGAAUCAGUAUCUAUUUAUCGUUCGGGUGAUCUAACAAAUGGAUCAUUUAUAUUUUCUGAUGGUGGUGGUAUUAUAUCGAAUAGUUUAGCUAGAAAAAUUCUGCCAUUAUUAGACACACCGGAAAAUUAUUUUCCAUCUGCAUUUCAAAUACGUUAUGGUGGUUGUAAAGGAAUGUUAGUACGUUAUGAUUCUGAUGAUUCGGGUGAUAUGAUUAUGUUUCGUGAAUCGAUGAUAAAAUAUCAUGCUGAUGAUGAUGCAUUAGGGAUAUUGAAAUUUUCUGCACCUCGUCCAGUAUAUUUAAAUCGACCAUUAAUUCAGAUACUAUGUGAACAAAAAGUACCGGCAAAAGUUUUCUACACAAUUAUAACCGAAUCAACUGAAUCAUUAUCCAAAUCAUUAAUGUUUGAAACGAAUGCUUAUGAAUUAAUGCAAACAUAUCAUCAACGUCAUUUAAGUUAUAGUAAACUUUAUAAAGCUGGAUUUUCAUUCCUAAAUGAACCAUUUUUACGUCGUAUAUUGAAUCAUUUGCUAUUUUAUCGUUUGAAUGAAUUAAAAUUGAAAGCUCGAAUUAAAAUACCAACAUCAAAUGGUCGUAUUGCUUUUGGUGUUAUCGAUGAAACAAAUCAAUUAGAAUCGGGUGAAAUUUUUUUCCAAUAUUGUCAAUUAGAUCAAGAUGGUCAACCAACUGAUCAGAAGAUUAUACUUGAAGAUGAAGAAGUAAUGGUAACAAAAUUUCCUUGUCUUUCAUUGGGUGAUGUAAGAAAAUUUCGUGCACGAAAUAUUGUUGGUUUAGAACAUAUUGUUGAUUGUGUUGUUUUUCCGGCUAAAGGACAACGACCACAUCCAGAUGAAAUGGGUGGUUCGGAUAUUGAUGGUGAUGAAUAUGCCAUCUUUUGGCAAACAAAUUUAAUAUUUCCAGGUGAAAAUUAUCCACCAAUGAAUUUUCCAUCACAUAAUUCACCUGAAUCUGAUCAGGAUAUUAUUAUCGAUGAUAUUGUACGAUUUUAUUGUAAUUUUCUAAUUGAAAAUAAUAUCGGUACAAUUGCUACCAGUCAUUUAAUGAUAUCAGAUUUUCAUCCAUUAGGACUUGCAUCAACGGAAUGUAAAGAUUUAGCAUCCAAAUAUAGUAUAUCAUUAGAUUUUCAAAAAAAUGGUAUUAAUGCAAAAAUGGAAUCCAAACAUUUACCUGAUUCUAAUUGGAUACGGCCAGAUUUUAUGAUCAAACGUACGAUAGAAUUUGAUUCAUAUUUAUCGACAAAAUUUCUUGGACAAAUUUAUCGUCAUUGUACAUUGAUGGAAGAUGUUAUCCGAUCAUCGAAUAUAUAUCUUUUGGCUAAUCAGGAAAAUCGUUUGGAAAAACCAAAUCCAGAUCUGGUAUUGAAUUGUUGGCGUAUAUUUGAACAAGAAGCAACAAAAGCAUUUGAUAAUUAUUGUCAUCUGGUUAUUGAUCAUAUGGAAAUGUUAGAUAUUGAAUCAGAAGCAGCAUUAAUUUGUAAUAUUUAUGAAAAUCGUACGGAUGUUGGUACAAAAGUAUUGAAUGAUUUAUUUCGUAAUUUUCAACAAAUAUUUGAACAACAAGCACAGGGAAAAUCAUCUGAUGAAAGAUUAUUGCUGAUAUCAGCAUGGUAUGCAAUUUGUUUUCAACGUUCCGAUCAUAUUCGUUAUCGUUAUCAUGAUGAACCAUUAUUUGGUAUGCCAUUUUUAAUACCAAAUGAAAUGAUUAAUUUGAUCAAACAUGUUAAAAAAUCGAAUAAUUUUGUACAACCAGAUGGCGAAACUAUCGUUGUUGUAAUCGAAUCGAAACAUAUUGAAAUGGCCACUUUAAUUAUAUUAUUUUGGAUGAUACAAUUGAAUGGUUUGUUUACAAAUGGUUGUAAAGAUCUUCGAAAAAUAUUGAAAUUAUUUAAUCAUCAAUCAAAUGAAUGGUAUCGAAUUAAUGAAUAUCGAUUUACUAAGAAAAUUAUUCGAAAACGUUUAAUGCAAAUUGUAACGGAUGAAUAUGAAGGAAUUGUUUCAGUAAAAUCCGAUGAUCGUAUUGAACAUCAAAUAAUUAAUAUACUUUUUGAUAAAUAUCUUCUUUAUUUAUAUGGCUUGUAUAAUCGUUUAGAAAAUUUAAUUGCCGAUUCGGAUUUGGAUAAUGUUUUCUUAUUGAAAUAUUCAAUAUUUGCUGUAAAUUUUUUGGAAAAAUUAAAUCGUAUCGAUAAUCCACCAAUAGAUUCGUUAACAAAACGUGAAAAAAUGUUUAGUUAUAAAUUAUUUUUACGUUUAUUGAUUCGUAAUUUUCAAUUAGAAUCACAAAAUUGUGAAACAAUAAAAUUUGCUGUAUUGAAUGUUGAUAAGCAACAAUCGCAACAACAACAACAACGUGAAGGAAUCGAUUGUGAUCGAAUCAAUUUUGAUCAGAAAGAUUUUCUACUUAAACUUCGAUAUCUUUCCGGAAAAAUUACCGAAAUUUAUGUUUUAAAUCCAAAUGGUUAUUGUUUACAUUCAUUAAUACAAUCGGGUAAACGAUUAAUAUUAUCAUCAUCAACGAAUAGAGAAUUAUUUAAUCAAAAAAAAUUUAUUGAAAAUAAUCUUACACGUUUAAAUGUUGAUUAUUAUCAAAUCAAAGUAACCGGGUUGCAAACAUCAAUAUCAUUAUUGAAAUGUAUGAUUGGACAUCCAAAAUUCUAUUCAAAUAUUAUAAAUGGCUAUCAUUUUGUAUAA